UAUAUGUGCAUAUCCCUUUAAGGCUUACAUGUUUGUGCUGCAGUCCUUGAGAGAAAUGGAGUGUCUGCGGUCGCAUGUGCUCAGGUGGGUUCUAGUUUGUUGCACGUGGUUCUUCCUACAUUCUCAAGCCUCGGAUGAAUACAUCCGGCCACCGCCCCGCAAUCUCAUCUCCACCCUUCAUAAUGGGUCCAGUUCUCAACCCCAACAGGUCCAUAUAUCACUAGUGGGGACAGAUCACAUGAGAAUUUCAUGGAUUACCGAAGCUCACAGUGCACCAUCUUCAGUGGAAUAUGGAAAAAUAUCUGGAAAAUAUGACGAAUCAGCAACCGGCGAACAUACAUCAUACAACUUCUUUUUAUACCGUUCUGGGAAGAUCCAUCAUGUUAAAAUUGGACCGUUAGAACCCAGCACAAUUUAUUAUUACCGAUGUGGGGGAAUCAGCAAGGAAUUUGAUUUCAAGACACCACCAGCAACAUUCCCCAUUGAAUUUGCUGUAUCAGGGGACUUGGGCCAAACCGAAUGGACGUCAUCGACACUGAAGCAUAUCAAUAGUUCGGACUACGACGUGCUUUUGCUACCUGGUGAUUUAUCUUACGCGGACAAUCAGCAGCCUCUAUGGGACACCUUUGGCCGCUUGGUCGAGCCACUUGCGAGCCGCCGCCCUUGGAUGGUCACAGAAGGCAACCACGAGAUUGAGAAGAUCCCCAUAAUCGGCCCUAGUGCAUUUAAAUCUUACAAUGCUAGGUGGAAAAUGCCAUUCGAGGAGAGUGGAUCUAACUCGAAUCUCUAUUACUCAUUUGAUGUUGCUGGGGUCCAUGUCGUUAUGUUAGGGUCUUACACGAACUUUGACAUGGACUCAGCACAGUAUAAGUGGCUCCAAGCAGACUUGGCUAAGGUCGAUAGGAAGAGAACACCAUGGCUUGUUGCACUCCUGCAUGCACCAUGGUACAAUACAAAUACUGCUCAUCAAGGGGAGGGAGAGAGCAUGAGAGAAGCCAUGGAAGAAUUGCUCUAUAAUGCUCGAACUGACAUAGUUUUUGCAGGACACGUCCAUGCAUAUGAGCGCUUCAGGAGGGUGUACAACAACAGUGCCAACCAUUGUGGUCCCAUGCAUUUGACCAUUGGUGAUGGAGGGAAUAGAGAGGGCCUUGCUUUGUUGUUUAAGACACCCACUUCUCCACUCUCAUUGUUUCGGGAAGCAAGCUUUGGACAUGGACGACUAAGGAUGUAUAACCAAACACAUGCCCAUUGGUCAUGGCACCGCAACGACGACUCUUCUUCAACUAUUCGUGAUGAGGUGUGGCUAGAGAACCUAACUACAUCAUCUAUGUGCGAGGUUUUACAUGCCCAAUUCUCGUCAACUUCUACUAAAGACGAACUUUAAUUAUGGGCAGAUAAGGACAUGCCCGUUGGUCAUGGCACCGUAAUGAUGACUGUUCUUGGACUAUCCGCCAUGAGGUGUUUGUUAGAGAACCUAACUUCAUCAUCCAUGAUGAACUUUAUCUAAUAACAUCUUUUCUUAGAGAUGAAAAUUAUAACAAUUAAUGUAUGUUUUAUAAACAAUUCAUUAAUCAUUGUCCUAAUGAUCAUUUUAUUUCUGGUAGUUUAGUAUUAUAUUUAAAAUUUA